AUGUCUGCAUCUAGCACUGGACUAUCCCAGGAGACUCGCGUGUCGACCGAUCAAUACCUCGGAGCUGGAAUCGCAUUCAUAGUUAUCACAAGUGUCGGGGUAGCUCUACGUUUUGUUCCAAUCCGACGCUGGAACAAGAUUCACACUGAUGACUAUGUGUCGGUUAUUGCACUGGUAUUUCUCAUUAUUAGCCUUGCCCUUACAUACCGUCUAGUUGGACUUCUUGCCGACCCAAACACAACGAUAUCUCAGCUUCUUCAAUGGUCACAAAUCACGAAUUGGUUCACAACCUUCACACUUUGGAGUUCGAAAGCACCGAUCCUUCUCCUAUACACCAGACUUUUUGGGGUGAAAAGAUGGGUCAAGUUACUCUGCUAUUCAAUACUCAUACUGAUCGGCUUGGUUGACAUUGCUGGCGGAGCAUCUGUUACUGGCGUUUGCAGUCCCCGUGGUCGCCCUCUUACGGCCGAACUCAUCCUAAACUGCUCCAAUGCGUCUUCAAUUGCGGGUGUAGCUCUGGGAAUUGUCUCAGUUAUCACAGACGGCACGAUCUUCAUUAUUCCACUGCCUAUCAUCUAUAAACUUCAGAUGAAUACUCGACGGAAGAUCAGUCUAUUGUUCGUUUUCGCAACUGGUAGCGUUGCCAUUAUUGUCAGCGCAUUAGCUGUCUCAUACAAGUAUAGUGGCCUUCACGGGUCAUCCUCUGGCCUGACAGAUGCCUCCCUUGCGUUUCUGGCCGAAUGUGCUAUUUCCAUUGCCGUCAGUUGCGCGCCAGCGAUCCACGCUUGCUGGUCAAAGCUCGUUGUUCCCAGCACAUUCUACUCGCGGGUGUCUUCAGCUUUUUCAAGAUCAUCCGUUCGUGCGCCAGAGCGUUCUGAUUCAACCCAUCUGAAGGGCUCAAGUAUCGCUCGGAUCCCUUCACAAUCCGAGAUGGCUAUAGUCUCUAAGCAGGCGGAUUCUGUCACGACGCUGGGCUGA